AUGGCCACUCACCACGUGAUCACAGUCCAGCCCCAGUUUUCGACUGCCCCGCAGGCAGGCCAGUGGCAGUCGGGGCUGAUGGACUGCUGCUCCGACUUUGGCGUGUGUAUUUGCGGAGCUUUCUGCUUUCCCUGCCUCACCUGCCAAGUGGCUGGGGACAUGAACGAGUGCUGCCUAUGCGGGACCAGCGUGGCCAUGAGGACCCUCUACCGCACCAGAUACAACAUCCCGGGCUCCAUUAUGGGUGACUUCAUGUCCACCAUCUGCUGCCCCAUGUGCAUGCUCUGCCAGCUGAAGAGAGACAUCAACCGGAGGAAGGAGCUGGGCAUAUUCUGGUAA